GUCGCUUAGCAACCGCCGCCGUGCACGGCGGGAGAUAGACUGCCGCCAUGAUGCCCGCCGCCCGGGCUCGGAGGCUGCGCUGGCUCCUGGCUGAGGUUGCUGAGCGGUUUGGCGAGGAGGAGCGGCAGUUGGACGAGGAGUUGAAGCUUCACCGCAGGCUGCUCAAACCCUGGAGGGCACAUGCUGCAGAGACCUUGGGAAAGGAUGGAGUCACUGCCAGCACGACUGAAGAUUCAUCUCACAUCUCUGAACAGGGUUGUGUCGGCGAGGAGCUGGAGGUGUUAAACAGAGCCCUGGCCAAAGCCCUGCAAAUCCGGCAAACACAUUGUAACGUGCUGGAGGCAGAGCUGGUCCAACCUGGCACCACUGAGGGCAGCAGCACUGUGCCUGAGAGCAGCCGUGGCUCUGCCAAACAAUCGGCAGCAGCCGGGAGCGAUGAGAAAUGCUCAGACAAAUUGGCCAGUGAAGGCGUCGGUGCUCAGGAGGUGGCAUUAAGGAACCGUUCAUCAGAUGAGCUUAGAAGGAAGAGGACCGCCACACGUCCCGUCUCCUCCCGGAGGCCACUAGCUGCUGACUUAAAAGCUCCCUACAAAACCGAGCUGGUGGGGAGGAAGAGAUUACCGUCACCAACCAAAGGCCGUCUGUCUCGAGGAGUGAUCCACAGGAGGUCAAGAGCAGGUGGAAGUGCGAUCGCAUGCCUUCCUGAUCACACUGACUCUGUCAGAGGGGCAGUAAGCAGAACGCAAUGUGGCAGACUCCACACUUUAACAUCCACCCAUAGGGCGUUCAGCGGGCACAAAGCACCAACCGCUGCAGAUCCCAACACAGAUCUCACUCCACCGUUCACUUCUGUUAGCCGGCGGUUUGUGGAAAGUAUCAAAGAGUCAGUGCAGGCAGGCACUUGGGAAGGAGACAUGUCGCAGAGUAACUCCUCUCAUGUGGGGCCGCCCAAACCAUUCAUGCUUCAGGCCAGCGGGUCAUCACUGCAGCUUCCACUGGCAUGGAGAAAGCAGCGCAGCAGAAACUCAUGCUUAUGGGAAAAAGUUUCAAAGAGCAAAGCCGCUGACGUUCAGGAAAGGGCUCGCUUCAUGGAGAGGGUUGAGUCCGCAUUUCAUUCACAGCUUCCAACUGUGAGCAAUGCAGAGAUUGAACAACAAUUGGACAACAUCUAUGAUCUCUACAAGAGUAUCAAGCAGUGCCUGGACACAGACCCUCUGCUAUAUUCCCCGGAUGCUGUCGGUUGGAAGCAGGAGUGUGAGAGAGUGCAGACUGUGGAGAGAUGCCAGGAAGCUUUGCCCAUUCUCCACCACCAACUUCUGCAGCUGAAGGAUGCUGCUACACGUUGGAGGAGCCUUGGCGGCGGUUGGAGACCGGCCCUAACCACGUGCAGAUGUGUUGGGAGUGAGGGUGCACCCCUCCUACUCUAUUCCAGCCUGCAGGAGCUGAAGCAGAUGGAGACCCUUCGGUUUCAAGUACAGACUCUCCAGCAGCAGAUCCACAUCCAAAGGGCUAUGGCCGAGGAACUGCUUCCCCUGCUGCUCUCCCCCCAGUCUGCAGACCAGUCCCUGCUCCACCUUUACAGAGCGGUGUAUUCCCUGCUGUGUGAGGGAGGGGAGCGAUUCCCCGCAUUAGUCUUGGACAAUAUACCUGACUGACGGCUCUUGGACCCAGACACAGACCCCGGACCCAGACCCCAGCUGGCGGACCCUGACCCGUGGAUCCAGCACCUAGGUGCAACCAGCAGCAGCUGGAGUAAGAACGUAAAAGCAAAGAAACGCAGAUGCUGGACAUGUGCAACUGAAAAGGAGAAUGCUGGAAGCAUGCAACAGUGCAAGCAGCGUCUGCGGGAAGGGGAGCUGUUUACGGUUCAGUUGAUGUCUUUCCUGCCAUGGCGAUCCCGACCAUCCCGAUCCAGACAAGGUUAUGCCUGUAGCUUGUGCCAAACCCUGGCGUGGAGAAGGACCAGCUUCCCCACACAGUCACUCACCACCCACCGCAUUGCCCAUGCAUGAUGGGAGUGUAGGCAAUGUCAGUGCAUUCGUUGUACAGUUUGCCCUCCUGCCCCUCACCCCUUCUAUUCCUGGCUCCAGGUUUAAAAUUGGCACGGUGAUCCCCAGGACUGCACUAGCAUAAAUUAAAAUGAUUUGCAAAAAUGUCCUCAACAAUAUCCAUUGUAUCGUGACUACUCACUGUCUGUACAUGAAAAUACAGAAUCUAGUUUUGUACAGCUAA